UCUUCUAACUCGUCUCGCACAAUUGACCAGCGCGCCCUCGAUGGACCCUCCCAAUUUCGCUCGUUUCAAUGAGCUACCCAUCGAAAUAAGGCAGAAAAUAUGGAAGCUGCUUGCUCCAGAGCGAUUAUUUGAACUCUGUAUUGAAUAUGUUCCACGGGUAAAGAACCAACAGACGGGCAUAUAUGAGCGCAACCCAGGGGCAGUUGUACUUCGAGGAAGAGACGGAGAGACAGACACUCAACUUCAAAUCGCAAAACGAGUUGUGCCUAGCAUUCCAACACUUGGUAUUUUUCUGGCCUGUAAAGAAUCGCGCGAGGUGGCCACGGAAUUUAAUGCCACGAGAUUUAAUGCAGAAAAGGACAAAGUGAUUGUGGUCGAUGCAAGGCUCGAUCGCCCGCCGACUGGGUGGGUUCCGGGGUCUGGCUCUUACAGGCCCAAGGUACGAGAACUUCUGGACGGGGGUCUAGACCAUGGAGCAUUCAAGGAGGCCCUCAGAUCUCCCAGGCACAUCGCAGAUUUCGUAUCGGAGGCUACGGUAGAUGGCAUACGAAACAAAGCCGAGGCAUGUCACGACCGAGCUUGGAGUCGAUUUCCUGAGAUGGAGACUUUUACGGCUAUUUUACCUCGCAAAAUAGAACCAUAUUUGUGGAGCGCCUUCACAGAAGAAUGGCGCAAGUGUGAUACGAAUUUAGCGCCACGGAUGUCUCCAAUUAAGUUGCUUGUCGCGCAAGAUGAGUUUCUUUUCUCCAGUUGGAUCAUUCUGGAUAGAAGGGAGCGGUAUUUUCAAAACAAGAGCGAGUGGGAGAUUGAGUGGGAAACUAUACAAGCUUGGGGACCGGAGGAGGGACAAAGAACCCCGGCGAAGAUGGAGGUGGUUAAACGCGAGAGGGCUGAAAGGAGACACUUCUUACAAAGGUUCCUGGGUAGUGAGGUGGGGGAGAGGGAGGAGAGGGUCGAAUGGGAGGCAGAGGUCAAGUGGUGGGCAGAGAAAGCGCUAGCAGGCGACCUCCGUUAUUCUGUUAGGUGCCAAAUAUAUUGAAUGUGCGGACUACCU